GGGCGCGUGCCUCUGACGCCACCUCUUAGCAACCGGCCUGAGCUCCGUUUCCAAGGACGCGCACGCCCCCAGCUUCCGUCCUGGAGAGGCGUGCCCAGGACCCGGACUCGGGCGCCCGGCCCCGCGCGGCCCCGCCAGCGCCUCGGAGCCGCCUUCGGCCGGAGAUGAGCGGCGACGACUCCUUCCUUGUGGCUGGAAUCAUUUACUACAGCCAUGAAAAGUACUUCCGCCAUGUGCAGCAUGCUGCAGCCAUGGGCCUGGAGAAAUUCAGCAAUGACCCCGUGCUUCAGUUCUUUAAAGCCUACGGAGUCCUCAGGGAAGAGCGCAUCCAGGAAGCCAUCAGUGACCUGGAGAACAUCCGGAACCACCCAGACGUGUCCCUGUGCGCCAUCAUGGCCCUCAUUUACGCUCACAAGCGCUGUGAAGCCAUCGACCGAGAAGCCCUCCAGGAGCUCGAGAACAGCCUGAAAGAAGUCCGCAAGACAGCCGGCGGGGCUGCCCUGUACUACGCGGGUCUUUUCCUCUGGCUCAUGGGCCGCCAUGACAAAGCCAAGGAGUACAUCGACCGCAUGCUGAAAGUCUCCAGUGGCUCCAGAGAGGGCUACGUGCUCAGAGGCUGGAUGGACCUAACCUCGGACAAGCCCCACACAGUGAAGAAAUCCAUCAAGUACCUGGAACAAGGAAUUCAGGACACCAAGGAUGUGCUGGGGAUGAUGGGAAAGGCUACGUACCUCAUGAUGCAGCAGAACUACUCGGGGGCCCUGGAGGUGGUGAACCAGAUGGCCGUGGCCUCAGCAGGCUUCCUGCCGGCCUUGGUCUUGAAGAUGCAGCUGUUCCUGGCAAGGCAGGACUGGGAGCAGACGGUAGAAACAGGACAGAGAAUCCUAGAAAAAGAUGAAAGCAAUAUUGAUGCCUGCCAGAUUCUAGCUGUGCACGAGCUGGCGAGGGAAGGAAACGUGACCAAAGCAGCUGAGCGUGUUAGAAACCUGAUUAAGGCACUAGAGAUGAGAGAGCCUCAAAAUCCAAGCCUCCAUCUCAAAAAAAUUCUCGUGAUUAGCAGACUGUGUGGAAGACACCAGCCAAUCCUACGGCUAGUGUGUGGCUUCAUCGAGCGCACCUUCUUGGCCACCCCAUCCUACGCCCACGUGGCCACAGAGCUGGGCUAUCUCCUCAUCCUCCGGGACCAAGUAAAGGAGGCAUCGCUGUGGUACUGUGAGGCCAUGAAACUGGACGAGAACAGCAUAGCUGCCUUGACAGGGAUCAUCUGGUGUCAGAUCCUAGAAGGCCACCUGGAGGAGGCUGAGCACCAGCUGGAAUUCCUGAAGGCAGUGCAGCAGUCCCUUGGGAAGUCUAAGGUCGGAGCUCUCUGGGCCGUGGGUCGCUCCCUGAUUCUGUCCCUCCUCCUACCCCCAGUUUCUAAGACAAGGCAGCCAGGAUGGCCGGGACGCCCACCUGGCCUCUGCCACCCGCUCUGGCCAGGCUGGCGUUGGUCCCAAGACUCAGGCAUCCGUCUGCAGGUGGUGGUUUUUCUCCAGGCCCUUCUGGCGUCCAAGAAGCACGAGGUGGAACAGGAGGCCACGACCCUCCUGAAGGAAGCGGCCGAGCUGCACUUCUCCAACAUGCAGGGCCUCCCCCUGGGCCCUGAGUACUUUGAACGGCUAGACCCCCCCUUCCUGGUCUGCAUCGCCAAGGAGUACUUGUCCUUCUGCCCCAAGCAGCCCCGGUCGCCAGGCCAGAUCGUGUCUCCGCUUCUUAAACAAGCCGCCGUGAUCUUGAACCCUGUGGUCAAAGCAGCCCCAGCUCUGAUGGAGCCCCUUUAUCUGUCGGCUCAGGUCAAGUAUCUCUCAGGAGAGCUAGAGAAUGCCCAGAGCACCCUGCAGCGUUGCCUGGAGCUGGACCCCACCUCCGCGGACGCCCACCUGCUCAUGGCUCAGAUCCACCUGGCUCAGGGCAACUUUGCCAUGUGCUCCCACUGCUUAGAGCUGGGCGUCAGCCACAACUUCCAGGUCCGCGACCACCCCCUCUACCACUUCAUCAAGGCCAGGGCCCUCAACAAGUCGGGGGACUAUCCAGAGGCCAUAAAGACCCUGAAAAUGAUCGUGAAAUUGCCAACUCUGAGGGCGGAAGAAGGCAGGAAGUUCCGUGGGCCCCGCGUGCAGCCCACCGAGCGGGUGUCCAUCCUGCUGGAACUGGCAGAUGCCCUCCGGCUGAAUGGGGAACUGCACGAGGCCACCAAGGUCAUGCAGGAUGCCAUCAAUGAGUUCAGUGGCACACCAGAAGAGGUCCGCAUCACCAUCGCCAACGUGGACUUGGCGCUGAGCAAGGGGAAUGUGGACAUGGCGCUGAGCAUGCUGAGAAACAUCACCCCCAAGCAGCCCUGCUACACGGAAGCCAAAGAGAAGAUGGCCAGCAUCUACCUGCAGACCCGCAAAGACGUCCACCUGUACAUCGGGUGCUACCGCGAGCUCUGUGAAAACCUGCCCAGCCCCCACACCAGCCUGCUACUGGGUGAUGCUUUCAUGAACAUCCAGGAGCCUGAGAAGGCCCUGGAGGUCUAUGACGAGGCAUAUAGAAAAAACCCAAAUGACGCCUCCCUGGUCAGCAGGAUUGGGCAAGCCUAUGUGAAGACCCAUCAGUACAACAAGGCAAUUAAUUAUUACGAGGCUGCCCAGAAGAUCAGCGGGCAGGACUUUCUGUGCUGCGAUCUGGCUGAACUGCUUCUGAAGUUAAAGAAGUUCACCAAGGCAGAGAAAGUUCUGAAGCAGGCCCUGGAGCGUGACUUCGUCAGGGACAUCCCAUCCAUGAUGAAUGAUGUCAAGUGCCUACUUCUGCUGGCAAAGGUUUACAAGAGUUAUCAAAAAGAAGAUGUGAUGGAAACUCUGAACAAGGCCUUGGACCUCCAGUCUCGGAUUCUGAAGCGGGUUCCCCUGGAGCAACCAGAAAUGAUCCCCUCCCAGAAGCAGCUGGCAGCCUCCAUCUGCAUCCAGUUUGGGGAGCACUACCUCACAGAGAAGGAGUAUGCCAGCGCAGUGCGGGCUUACAAGGAUGCCCUCUCCUACUCGCCCACUGACAACAAGGUGAUGUUGGAGCUGGCGCGCCUUUACCUGCUCCAGGGGCACCUGGACUUGUGUGAACAGCACUGUGCCAUCCUCCUGCAGACUGAGCAGAACCACGAAGCCGCCUCCGUGAUGAUGGCUGACCUGAUGUUCAGAAAACAGAAUUAUGGAGCUGCCAUCAAUCUCUACCACCAGGUCCUGGAGAAAACACCAGAUAAUUUCCCAGUACUGAAUAAAUUAAUCGAUCUUCUACGAAGAAGUGGCAAGCUUGAAGCAGCCCCCACCUUCUUUGAACUGGCCAAGAAGGUGUCCAGCCGUGUGCCCUUGGAGCCAGGGUUCAACUACUGCAGAGGGAUAUACUGCUGGCAUGUAGGACAGCCCAACGAAGCCCUGAAGUUCCUGAACAAGGCACGCAGGGACAGCACUUGGGGCCAGAUGGCCACCUACCACAUGGUACAGAUCUGUCUGAACCCUGACAAGGACAUCGUGGGUGGAGAGGCGUUCCAGAACCUGGUGGCUGAGAGCACCUCCACGGAUAAGAAGGAAUCAGAGCAGCACGGUGUGCGCACGGCGGAGAAGCUGCUGCGUGAAUACUACCCGCACUCGGCCUCCGGCCAGGCCCAGCUGCAGCUCCUGCAGGGCCAGUGUCUGAUGGCUACCAGGGAGAAAGCUAACGUGGAGGCGGCGCUGGGCACCUUCAUCGAGAUAGCCCGGGCCGAGAAAGACAGCGUCCCCGCCCUGCUGGCCGUGGCGCAGUCCUACGCGCUGCUAAAGCAGAUCCCCAAGGCGCGCACGCAGCUGAAGCGCCAGUUCAAGGCCCCCUGGACGCUGUCCCAGGCUGAGGACCUGGAGAAGAGCUGGCUCCUGCUGGCCGACAUUUACUGCCAGAGCGGCAAGUUCGACCUCGCCUCAGAACUGCUGCAGCGCUGCGUGCAGUACAACAAGUCUUGCAGCAAAGCCUACGAGUACAUGGGUUUUAUCAUGGAGAAGGAGCACUCAUACAAGGAUGCAGCCACCAACUACGAGCUGGCCUGGAAGUACAGCCAUCACGCCCACCCCUCCGUGGGCUUCAAACUUGCUUUCAACUACCUGAAGGACAAGAGAUUCGUGGAGGCCGUUGAAGUCUGCCACAGCGUUCUCCAGGAGUACCCCAACUACCCCAAGAUCAGAGAGGAAAUUUUGGAAAAGGCCCAAGGAUCGUUGAGGUUCUAGCUGUGGUCAGUGGCCAGGAGGCCCACCAGCCUCUGGGGGUCAUGGCGGGGGCUGGGGUGGAGACCAUCAACCCACAAAAGUGUC